UAAACAUAUUAAUAUGUUUUUUUGAAGCUUUUGGUCAACUUGAAGUCAGAAACACCUCUGUCACAAUCAGUUUCCUUUCCGGUACAACCUGCAGGCCAGAACAAAAUUAUUUAUUAGUAAAACUCCCUUCAUUUUUCUAUUUGUCAUCACCAAAGAAAUAAAAUAAAUAAAAAAUAAUAAAUAAUUCGAUAAAUAAAAAGUCACUGCGAUAUUAGCACAUAUCUUAAGCUUGUCGAUUAAUAUUUUUUUUGAUUAAAAAAAGAUUUUUUUUGUUGUUUCAUUGUUUAUUUUUUGUUGCAUUCAACAAAUUAUUAAUCUUAUUCAUGACAAUGUCAUUGAUAAAAUCGAUUGAUAAGAACAUUCACCAAAUGAUGGAAAUUAUCAACAAACUGAUGUCUACUUGAGUGCACAUUACUGAUCAUGAAAAAAUAGCGUGAUUAAUACAAAAUACAUAUACAAAAUUUGUUAAAAGGAAAAAAAUAAACAAUUUCUAAUUAAAACUUUAGGUAAUUUAUUGUUAUUCAGUCCUAGAAAUACUUAGAGAUCUAGUCAGACAAUAGUUGUACAAAUUAAUUUAUCUACGACAAGACUUUACGGCUUCUUAUCCAAUUAAUUUUUUUCUCAAUUUUCCAAUUACUGAAAAAUUGCCUUGAACCUUUAACCAACAUACAAAUUAAAUUAUGAAAUAAACGCGAGUAACAUUUCUUAUUUCGUAACAAAUGACGUACGAUUCGAAAUGUUUUAAGUACCAUUUUCUGAUAAAUUUGUUAUCUUCAAUUCUUGAGAUAUGGGAAAAGAAAGGAAAAGUGGAUUUCGAGUGGCACUUGACACAAUGAUGACACGCUUUAGGAUAAUUAAAAAGGUCACAAAAGAAUAUUUUUUGCAAAAAAUUCUACCCCGAAAGCCCCCGUUUUUUGUAAAAUGCUUUAGAUGUUUUAACAGCGACGUAAAAAAAUAUUAUACAUUAUUUAAUGUUGUGUUUUUUUUUUCAACAAAAUUAGCUAAUUUUUGGAGAUAAUUAAAAUAAAACACGCAAUAAUCAAAACUUACUUAAAAAACAAGACUUACCCACCUCUUGGCAAUAAGCUUUAGCUAAAAAUGUGUCCAUUCCCAAACAACACAAAAAUCUCAUAAAAAAUCAACACAAUUUGUUUAGUAAAAAAAUGUCUCCAAUGUUUAUUAAAUUUAUUUAACAGCCCGUUUUAGAAUAAACCCUCAAAAACUCUGCAGGGUUUACAUUUGACAGAAACGACAUUGAUUGAUAACACGAGGUCAACGUUAUCGUUACAGGUUUCUGUAAUCGUCUUACUCAACUCGCACCUUAUCACUAAUUUCUCACAUAAAUAUAAACCAUUAUCAAAAUUUUAAUUAACUGAAACAUGUGACUUUGUUUGAAAUCAAAACAAGGACAUAAUUGUAUUUUUUCACUUGACACUGACAGUUAACCUAAUUGCUGUUUGACACCUGUCAAAAUUGACAACUAUACUAUAAAAUAAUACUCAAAUUCUUUUAAAUUUCUCUCUAAACUUGAAAUGGAGGACGAAAGUCCUAAACCCAAAAAACACACCGACAAAAAUAAACACCCAAAAGAGGACACUAUCCUCAAUCACUUGGAGAUUUCAGUCGCAGAGUCCGAAAAGAGGGCCAAUGGAACGCUGAAUCUACGUGAAUUUUACACAGUUUACCUAAUUGAGACCAAAUUAACAGACUCCGAAUUCCAAAACAAGUUUCCCAAAUUAACAACAGUAUGGCGACGUUAUACAGAAUUCGAGCAACUUCGAGGCUAUUUGGAAGUCACCUAUCCUUACAUAAUUUUGCCCCCUUUACCUGAAAAGAGAGUCAUGUUUGGGUGGCAAAAAAUCUCGAGUGACACUUUCGACCCGAAUUUCGUCGAUCGGCGACGAGCCGGUCUCGAAAAUUUUCUUUUGAGGAUCGCCUCACAUACGGUUUUGAGUUGGGAUAAACACUUUAUCGAGUUUUUGCAGCAUGAAGAUGAAUGGAGGGAGACUUACAAGAGCAAUGGUUACUUACAAUUAAUGGAAAAUAAACUCAAAGCCUUAAACCUCUCAAUGAGACUUAGAAACACCGAUCCCAGAUUUGAGUCAAUAAAAGACUACAGCCACAUAUUCCAAAACAAUUUAAACAACUUGCUGAAAGCUCGCUCCCGCGUUGCUGAAAAACAAUACAACGUGCACAAACUUCACGCAAAUUACGGCCGAGUUUUCAGCGAGUGGAGCGCCGUUGAAAAAGACAUGGGCGAUGCCUUGCAAAAAACAGGGCAUUAUCUCGAUUCUUUAGCUUCAAGCAUCGAUGCUGGUCUCGAGGACGAAGAACUACUGGUCGACCAAUUAAAAGAGUACUUAUUUUUUGCAAAUUCGUUACAAAAUGUGUGCAAAAACUACGAGUACCACCAACUACAACUUGAGGGCGCGGAAGACAACGUCGCUAACAAAAACGUAGAGCGAAAUAAAGCCCAACAAGGCAAAACCAGCCUCAUGUCGAGACUUUUUGGGGCUGUGGACACCGAUGAAGUCAGGGAACUCAAAGUUAAUUUGUUGGACCAGCAAAUACAGGAAGGGGCAGCGGCUGUCAACGCGUCAAAAACCAAUUUAAAUGAAUUUUCCACAAAGGCCUUAGCUGAUAUUGAACGAUUUCAGAGACAAAAAGUCUUCGAUUUGCAAGAAACGUUAACGAGUUACGCGUUCUUGCAGUUAAAAACUGCUAAAAAAGGCCUCCAAACCUGGCUUCAGAUACGCGAUUGUUUGCAAAAUGUACCUUAAUUUUUUGUUAAUUUUUAUUUAUGUGCAAUCUAUUUAUGUACUCUCAAAGCAGUAUUUAUAUUUCUAUUGUAGCUUUGUUAAAACUGAGUCUGUAUGAAAUACUUGUAAUAAAUUAUUUUUGUUUUA